CAUCAGCAGGAAAAAAAUCAUUUUAUGGAACAAAGCUCGUCUUCUUCAAGCGCGCACACUCUGUCUAGUUUCCAGUUCAAAGCCGCAUUCAUUACAUAAAACGGUAUUUUUUUCUGUAUUUGAAAUUUGUAUGCUUUAACGAAGGGAGGAUGUCAACUCUACCUCCAUCACUUGCAAUUAGUCCAUGUUGCUAUAACUGUGGAGCCAUGGAGUUGUCUAAAUUGACGGUUACCGGAGAUUAUGUUUCUGGUUAUAAAGACACAGUGUGCUUUGGGAGAAUGGAUGUGGAUAAGAGAUUUUUGGUUCUUAAAGUUGCACGAAAUGUCAGAAGUCUGCGAGGAAGUCUUAAUUCGAGAGUCUUUUCUGCAGCACGAGUUCCUGUUCAGCAACAGGAACAGAGGUUUUCUACGAGUGUUGACGUUGAUGAACUGAAAAAGGUAUCGACUUAUUUGUUUAGAACGCAAUUUGGCGGUCAUGUGAAAGUUUAUGUUAGAAAGAAAAAUGCUAGAUACGUGGUUUGUGUCGAAGUUUCGUCCAUGGAACUAGAUUCUACUGACUAUAAACUGAUGCUUGUUUGGGGAAUAUAUAGAUCUGAUUCAUCAUCUUUUGUGCCACUGGAUUCUCAAAGUCUAGCCCCAAAUGACCGGACAAUGGACACUGCAUUGGUACAGAAUUCAUUUGGUGGAUUUGCAGUUGAACUGGAGUUUGAGGCAAAACAGACGCCCUUUUAUCUCUCAUUUUUUCUGAAAUCUAUUUUAAACACUGGUGGAGAUGGCUUAGAGAUCAAGAAUCACAAGAAUGAAAAUUUUUGUGUGCCGAUAGGUUUCAGUUCAGGUGAUCCUAGUCCAUUAGGCCUGUCGUUUUCAGCAGAUGGUUCCAUGAAUUUUGCAUUCUUUUCAAGACAUGCAGCUGGUGUGGUCUUAUGCUUGUAUGAUGACUCUACUGUUGACAAACCUGCUUUAGAGCUUGAUCUAGAUCCAUAUGUUAAUCGAUUAGGUGAUGUUUGGCAUGCAUCAUUGGAAGGUUCGUGGACAUUUACGAGCUAUGCUUAUCGAUGCAAGAGACCUCUUCUUAAUGGAGACGCAGGUGAAGUUGACAUGGAAAGAGUUAUUCUGGAUCCUUAUGCUAGAAUAAUUGAUAGUACCACAACAGAUCAAAAAUCGGAUUUGUCCCCAAAGUAUCUUGGACGGUUAUGUGAGGAGCCUGCUUUUGAGUGGAAUGGUGAUAUUCGUCCAAACUUGGCCAUGGAGAAACUAAAUGUCUAUCGACUGAAUGUGAAGCGUUUUACUGAACACAAGUCUGGUAAGCUGUACAGUGAUAUUGCAGGGACUUUUGCUGGUUUGACUGAGAAGGUAGACCACUUUAAAAAUCUUGGUGUAAAUGCAGUCUUAUUAGAGCCAAUAUUUCCAUUUGAUGACGAAAAAGGGCCGUAUUUUCCGCACCAUUUUUUUUCACCGUCAAACAUAUAUGGGCCUUCAGGUGGCUCCAUAUCAGCUAUCACCUCAAUGAAGGAGAUGGUUAAAACUAUGCAUGCCAAUGGAAUAGAAGUUUUACUGGAAGUUGUUUUUACCCAUACUGCUGAAGGUGAGGCCUUGCAGGGGAUUGAUGACUUUUCUUAUUAUUGUACAAAUAGCAAUUUGGACUUAAGAAGUGCUUUGAAUUGUAACUAUCCUAUAGUUCAAAGGAUAAUUUUAGAUAGCCUUCGGCACUGGGUGACUGAGUUUCACAUCGAUGGCUUUUGUUUCAUAAAUGCUUCAGCUCUUCUAAGAGGGUUUCACGGCGAGCAUUUAUCCCGUCCUCCUUUGGUUGAAGCUAUAGCUUUUGAUCCUCUACUCUCCAAGACCAAGAUUAUUGCAGAUUGCUGGGACCCUGAAGAAAGUAUACGAAAAGAAACCCACUUUCCUCAUUGGAAAAGAUGGGCAGAGAUAAAUCCAAAAUUUUGUCUUGAUGUAAGAAAUUUUCUUAGAGGCAAAAGUCUUCUAAGCGAUCUUGCAACACGGCUAUGUGGGAGUGGCGACAUCUUUUCAAGCGGGAGAGGACCGGCUUUCUCGUUCAAUUUUACUGCCAGGAACUCUGGACUUCCUCUGGUGGACUUGGUCAGCUUCAGCGGUGAGGAACUAGCUGCUGAAUUAAGCUGGAAUUGCGGGGAUGAAGGACCAACAAACAAGACCCCGGUCCUUGAAAGACGGCUUAAACAAAUUCGUAACUAUCUGUUCAUUCUAUAUAUUUCGCUUGGUGUUCCGGUUCUCAACAUGGGAGAUGAGUGUGGUCAAUCUUCUCGAGGUUCCAUUUUAUAUGGCGACAGAAAACCUUUUGAUUGGAACGCUCUGUCAACCGGUUUCAGUUGUCAAAUUACACAGUUCAUCUCAUUUUUGAGUUCACUGAGAAUAAGGCGAAGUGACCUCCUUCAGAAGAGGAGCUUCUUGAAGGAAGAAAGUAUUGAUUGGCAUGGAUAUGACCAGUCUACACCUACAUGGGAAGAUCCGACCUGCAAGUUCCUGGCCAUGACAUUGAAGAUGGAUAAUUCAGAGAGCCGGUUAAUCUCUGAAUCUUCCAACAUAAAGGGUGAUCUAUUCGCGGCCUUCAAUGCAGCUGGACGUGGAGAGAAUGUUAUUUUGCCUGUCAUUCCUGAAGGAAUGGUGUGGAGACGUUUGGUUGACACUGCACUUCCAUUUCCGGGGUUCUUUUCGAAUGAUGGCGAGCCAGUUUCCGAGGAGAUUGAAGGAUUAAUUACUUAUAAAAUGAAAUCUCACAGCUGCAUUCUGUUUGAAGCUGGCAGUCUUGAUGAAUAAUGCAUCUUAUUUUCUUGAAUGUUACAUUUGUAAGUAUUCAAUUUUGAGUCCUCUGUAGAUUGAUGCCAAUAAAUUGUACUUCUCUUUCCAAAUGCAACUGGUGCUUUUGCAUCUAGUGUAUAAUAAUAAGUUUACAUUCCACAUCA